AUGUCUGACACUCCAGUGGCGCAGCAGAUAUUGAUCGUUGGAGCCGGCGUCUUUGGCCUCUCUACGGCGCUGUCGCUCCUCUCCAACCCCACAUACAAUGCCAGCCGCAUAACUAUCAUCGAUGCCUCUCCCUCGCUGCCCAACCCCUCUGGCUCCUCCGUCGACGCCAACCGCAUUGUCCGCGCCGACUACGCCGACAAGCACUAUGCCCAGCUGGCCCUCCAAGCGCAAGAACUCUGGCGCGACACGAGGAAGGAAGCCUGGGGAGGCGAAGGCAGAUACCAUGAGCCCGGGUUCGUGCUGACGGCUGAUGAAGACAAAGAUGCCUACUUGAGGGAGUCUUUGGCCAAUGUGAGAAGACUGGCACAGGAGAGCGGUAGAGAUGUGGACUCGAGCAAGAUCAGAGAAUUACACGGACAGGACGAGAUCCGGAAAGCAACGGGCUACGACGGUGUAAGUGGCGACCAUGGGUACGCGAACUUUAACUCGGGGUGGGCUGAUGCCGAAGCAUGUGUUGCGCAUGCUUUGAGAAGGAUCCAGAGCGAGAGUGAUGGUCGCGUUGCCAUCCGCCCAGGUGCGCAGGUUGCGAGGCUCGUCUUUUCCGGAAGCGAGUGUCAGGGCGUGGAAUUGGCCGGCGGAGAGCAGAUUCUGGCAGAGUUGACCAUCUUGGCUGCUGGCGCGUGGAGUCCUAGCCUCAUCGACCUUCAGGGGCGGUGUCUUGCCACCGGGCAGACGGUGGCGUUUCUGGAGAUCUCGCCCGAAGAGCAGGCGGCAAUGGGAAACAGGCCGACCGUCAUGAAUAUGAGUCGAGGGACAUUCAUCAUACCACCGAGAGGGAAAGAACUAAAGAUUGCGAGACAUGGUUACGGAUAUCGAAACCCGGUGAAGAUAUCAAAGGGGGUCAUCAAACCUGAUGCCCCAAGCGACAUUGAUCCUGGAUAUGUGGAAGUCAGCGUGCCCAAGGUUGGCAUCCCCAUUCCGCUGGAAGCUGAAGAAGCCCUGCGGGAAGCCCUUUGCGAGCUUCUGCCUCAGAUGGCCAACAGACCGUUCACUCGCUCGCGGAUAUGUUGGUACUGUGAUACGCCCAGCGGCGACUUCCUCAUCACCUUUCACCCGGAUUUCAAACGUCUUUUCCUUGCCACAGGAGGGUCAGGUCACGGGUUCAAGUUCUUCCCGGUGAUAGGCGACAAAAUUGUCUCCGCGAUCCAAGGAACGCUGGAGCCGGAGCUGGCGCAGAUCUGGAGAUGGAGGAGUGAGGAGGAUUUGAGAGACACGAUUCAACGCGGCGGAGACGGCGGAGGGGAGUUUACGGGGUGUGAAGAUGGAAGCCGUGCGGGACCAAAGGGGAUGGUGCUGGGGGAGGAGAUGCAAAGGCAGAAAUCGAGGUAG